UUUGGUAAGUUACCGUUAACGUGUAGCUUUCUUCGACGUUGGUAAAUAAAUAUCCAAACAACGUUUUAAACGAUUUUCAAAAAGUAGAUUCAAAUAGAAAAACCAAAGAAAACUUAUUAACUUCUUCAAUCAUCAGCAUAAUCUGCAAACGAUGGAAACCUCAACAACCGAAGAAGUUCCGUGCAAUGGACCGUGCCGAAAGCGGUUUCGACCGGCCGCCGUCCAAUUAGACCAAACAACGUCCAGCGUGCUGCUCUCAUCCGCCAGAGCAUCCGGCCUGCUGUGGCUCUGGCCGGAGUGUCACCAGGCAUUCAACCUGCAACAACCCGUCAAACGCUACGAGUCAGAUCUUCCCCCGGAGCUGUGGAAAAUGAUCUUCCGGAACUUGGACAAACGAUCAACGCUACGGGUACGGUUAACCUGCCGCCGUUGGAAGGACAUCGUCGAUCUGCACCAAUCGUUGCUAAAGAAACUUCCCAUAUAUUUCGGCAAAGAUGCCACCAUUGACGACCGUUUCCAGCCGGAAAAUCUGUUUCCGGCGACAAGUGCGCGUUUUGCGGCGUCCAGAAUACUCGCUGUCGGAGCAUGGUGGCUUACGUUUGGGGCAAGAUUGACGGAACUGUCUUUGUGGAGUUGUGAGAUAAAACUUCCGGCUUUUUUGCGAAUGCUGAGAGGAACUCCUAAUCUUGUAAACUUGUCUCUUAGCUUCAACGACUAUACCUCCACUGAAGAGAACGAAGUUGACUUUCGGUUGGAAAAGUUGAAAUAUCUUUAUUGCACGGAGGUGAUUCCUGUCUUUGAAAGCAUUUUUCCUCGACUGAGAACGAUCGACCUGAUUUGCAAACCAAGUGAUGAAGCAAAAGCGUGCCGGCUGUUGAACGCGGUUCAAGGAACGCUGAAAGUACUGGAUAUUAAUUUGACACCAUUUGUGCUGAAACAGAUGGCCAGCAUGAAUCGUCUUCAGCUGACAACUCUGAUCCUUCGAGGAAAUGCACACCUGAUAGUUCAGCUGAGCCGAACGCAGGUUGCGGUUGAAGUUCUUUUUAUAACGUUUGCCACAAAUGAGGCUCUCUGCAAAAUCGGUCGGAAUCUAACCAAGUUGAAGGACCUCGCAGUCAACAUGAUUGAUACUGGAACAGUGGGGCCCUCGUUUCUGGACCAAAUGCCGCAGUUAAAACGACUUAAUCUAAUGGCAGCUCAGAACAACCAGCAUUUGCGUUUUCAAGGUUUGAAAAGUGAGAACUUAACCCGCCUGUACAUUGAUUCGUUUCACACCAUCGGAGAUUGCUUGCAGAACUUUUUGAAAAAUUGUCCCAAUCUUCAAAUUCUUGAAAUGAGAAGUUGCUCAGUGAGCAGUUGCUCAGAUAUGAGUCUGCCUCACAAUACAGCAGCGAAUUCUCACGGCGCUUUGAAGACUCUGUUGAUGGAAUGUUGCCAAAUCCCCACAGAAACGCUCAUCCGGUUUCUUCUGCAGUGCUUCCGGGUAGAGAAUCUUUUGUUUUCCGAUGUGGAUGCAGUCAACGACCAGCUUAUUGGUAUUUUGAACCGAUUGUCGCAGCUGAAGGAGCUGACUGUUUGCGACUGUCCUGUAACGGACAAAUCCGUGGAAUUUAUCGUUGAAAAUUGUUCCCAUGUGGUGGUUCAAAUCUGCUGUGAGCAGAUAUCUAAAUUGGCCAUGAAACUGCUGGAUCAAGUUAUGCGCACUCGAUGAACAAUGUUUGAUGUACGACUUCGUUUGAUUACUGUGAAUAAAAUAAAACGUAAAAAUA